GUGCGAGCGACCGGAAGUCGCAAACCCAGAGAGUCACGUCCGGAUCUCGUUAUCAGCGAGAACUUUGGAGACCGCCGCCAGUCAGCUGAUCGCCGCCAACUGAGCGCGCCGGGUUUAUUGUUUUCAUUGGGCGUCAUGGACUACGAUUCCAGUGAAGAAGAAGAGAUCGUCACUGUGCUGAUGUGCUCAGCCAUCGUGUCAGCGCUGGCAGAGCGGAAGCCUUCAAAGAAGAAGAGGCGGUGGUGGGUGCGACCGUCCCUUCGCUCGCGAGAGGUUGCUGGCCACGCAAGCCGCCUGCUUCCCGACCUGCGCUCGCACGACGAAGAAUAUUUCCGAGACUUCCUGCGAAUGCCGCCAAGAACUUUUGACACAUUGCUAGAGCUGCUGCGUCCCGCCAUCUCGAAGCAAGACACUAACUACCGGCCUGCAAUUUCGGCGCACGAUCGCCUGGCCAUGACCAUUAGGUUUCUGGCCACAGGCGAGACGCAGAGGGACGUGGCCUUUAACUUUCUUGCAGGAAGGUCCACAGUCAGCUCUAUAGUGGCGGAGGUUACUCAGGCCCUUUGGCUUGUACUCGAGCCACUGUACCUCCAGCACCCUUCAACGGCAGAUGAGUGGAUGAAGAUAUCACAGGGGUUUCACGAGAGGUGGAAUGUCCCUCACUGCCUUGGAGCGAUUGACGGAAAGCACGUGACCAUAGAGUGCCCUGCUAACUCCGGGUCCGUGGACUUCAAUUACAAACGGUCCUUCAGCAAGUCGCUGCUUGCUGUGUGUGAUGCCCAAUACAGGUUCAUAUACGUGGAAGUUGGGCACCCUGGAAGCGAGAGUGAUGGCGGGAUUUUCUCUCGCUCCACUCUUCAAAAGAAAGUUUUGCUGGGGGCACUGGGCUUGCCGCCAAUGAGUCCUGUUGGCAACGAGGGUCCUCUCCCAUAUUUCUUCGUUGGUGAUGAGGCCUUCCCGCUGAAGGAGUACAUGAUGCGGCCCUACCCAAGACGGACACUCCAUGACGACGACAGCAAGGCCCACGAGCGCCGCGUCUUCAAUUACAGAAUGACCAGGGCACGCCGCGUCAUUGAGAAUACCUUUGGUAUCCUGGCACAAAGGUGGAGGAUGCUGCGACGACCCAUUAAGGCGAAAGAAGGCAACAUAAAGGCAUACAUUGGAGCGUGCAUAGUGUUGCACAACUUUCUUCUUAAAGAGUCCGCAGCAUCCUCUGCCGCCUAUUGCCCGCCUGGUUCCACAGGCAGCGAGGACUGGGAAGGCCGCCUUUCACCUGGAAGUUGGAGGGACGAGGAAGCAGUCGGUGGAGCGCUCUUGCCACCGAGACCUACUGGCUGCAAUGCUGCGAGGUAUGCGAAGCAAGUGCGAGACAAACUGGCGCACCACUUCGUCACAGACGGUCAAGUUCCCUGGCAAGACAAAGUGGUGAACAGCGCUUGAAGUAUACAAGUUCAAGGGGUCCACAACGGUCUCCUCAGUCGUGUCCUCGGAGGUUUCGGGGUCCACUGCAUGACUUGGCCCUGGCGCUGAACUGCAGUGAUGACAACUCUUUUCCAUGUAUUUGACAACGCUAGUGGUACAUGCACUGUUAGCAUUCUUUGCAUCAGGUGUGUGUUACGUGCAGCUGCAAACACGAGUGCACUCAAGGGGUUAUU